AUGUACUUUAUGCUCCUUGAAGCACACUUGCCGGUUGAACUGGGUGGUCCUCUGAUGCACACUGAGUGCAGUUUGUCUCUUGCAAAGCAUAAGUUGAUGAGCGUCAGGAUAUUGGCAAUAAAUCUGUAUCUACACCAAGAAAAGAAACUGCUUCAUGGAGACAUAAAGUCUUCAAAUGUUGUAAUUAAAGGUGAUUUUGAAACAAUUAAAAUCUGUGAUGUAGGAGUCUCUCUGCCACUUGAUGAAAAUAUGACUGUGACUGAUCCUGAGGCCUGUUACAUUGGCACUGAGCCUUGGAAACCCAAGGAAGCUUUGGAAGAGAAUGGCAUUAUUACUGACAAGGCAGACAUAUUUGCCUUUGGCCUGACUCUGUGGGAAAUGAUGACUUUGUCUAUUCCACACAUUAAUCUUCCAGAUGAUGAGGAUGAUGAUGAAGAUAAAACUUUUGAUGAAAGCGACUUUGAUGAUGAAGCAUACUAUGCAGCUUUGGGGACGAGGCCACCUGUUAAUAUGGAAGAACUGGAUGAAACGUACCAGAAAGUAAUUGAACUUUUCUCUGUAUGCACUAACGAAGAUCCUAAAGAUCGUCCUUCUGCCGCACACAUCGUGGAAGCUUUGGAAAUAGAUGUCCAGUGAUCCCCGCAUAUUCAUGACUACUGCCUUUAUGUGUGGCUCAUGUAUAGAACUGUUCUGUUUACUCUAAUACACUAUAGAGUUACUGUGAUAAGCUGUAAUUAUUAGACUUUUUGGAAGUGACCCACUUUAGGACCACAGCGCCUAGUUAACAUUUAAACAGUUGUAUUUGUUAAUAUGCUUCUGAUGAUAAGCAUUUGAGAUUAUAGGUUUUCUUUUUUUUUUGAGAUUAUAGGUUUUCUAUUAAGUUCAGGAAACUAGCUACUUAUGUAUUUGAACGUUUAUAUAUACAUAUAAAACACUAGCAGUAAUACAAUGCUAUAAACUCUAUGCCUAACAUUAAUUUGGAUCAAGUGACCAUCACUUUUACUGUUUCUCAAAUAUUAUUUUAAUGGAUCUAUUGAAAUUAGCACUUUGUGCCGUACAAAAAGAAGUCUACGUUUGCUUAUCUUUUAAGCCAUUUAACUUUUUCCUGGCCUUUUUUGGCUGAUGUGCUUAUUAUUAAAUAUGGUCACCAGAAGCUGAGAGAAUAUGGCUCACAAGACUAGCUUCCUGGGUAUUUAGAUGUUUUGGGUUAAGGCUUAUCUUGCUCUCUCCAUUCUCCCCAGGUCUUUGGCUUUCGCUUUAUUAGAUGUAUUUUCUGUUUUGAAAUAUUUUUUUAUUUAGUAAUCUAUAUCUUAAGCAUUUUGUAGUUCUGGCAUAAAAAUAAAAUCCUAGUAGGAUGAUAUAGAAUAAAGGAGACUUCA